AUGGCUUUUCGGGACCAAUGGGUUACCAUCGGGGCUCUUUUUUUCACUCUGCUUUGUAUGUGCGGCUGGACCACGGCUCAAAUAUCUUACUCCAUAUCAGAGGAGGUAGACAAAGGAACCGCGGUGGGAAAUCUCGCGAAGGAUUUAAAGCUAAGCGUGCAGCAACUCCAAUCUACGGGUCUGCAAAUCAAUUCUGCAUACAAAAGGCGCUAUUUUGACGUGAAUUUAGAAUCGGGAAUAUUGGUCGUUAGCGAGAGAAUAGACAGAGAGGAGCUGUGUCCAAAUGUGUUGAAAUGUUCUUUAAAUAUAGAAGCUGCAUUGAGUAACCCUCGAAGGCUCCAUCAAAUUGAGGUUAUUAUUGAUGACAUUAAUGAUAAUAGUCCAUAUUUUCCCGAGGAGAUAACAACCAUUGACAUGUCUGAAAAUUAUUUUCUUGGAGAAAGACAUUCACUUCCACCAGCACAUGACGCAGACGUGGGUAUAAACUCAGUGAAGACCUAUAUAUUAAACCCAAAUGAAUAUUUUGUUUUGGAUGUACAAAGCAAUGGUGAUAGUGUGUCUGCUGAGCUAUUACUGCAGAAAGCUUUAGAUAGAGAAAAGCAGGCUGUAGUCGACCUCACACUUCUUGCUAUUGAUGGAGGAAAACCUCCUAAAUCAGGGACAACACAAAUUAAAAUAAAUGUCCUUGAUGUAAAUGACAAUUCACCUUUGUUUAGCAAAUCUCUCUACAAGGUCCAAGUUGUUGAAAAUGCAGAUAUUGGCACUGUGUUGUUAACAUUGUCAGCUUCUGAUUUAGACGAUGGUUUUAAUGGAGAAUUUACGUACUCUUUUGCAGAACGAGGACGUUUUAACCCUGAUAACAUGUUUGCGAUAAAUGAAAAUACAGGAGAAAUCACUGUUAAAGGUGAUAUUGAUUAUGAAGAAACUCAGGCAUAUGAGAUUCGUGUCCAAGUGCGGGACAAAGGUGUUCCUCCUCGCUUGACGCAUAGCAAAGUUUUAGUGGAAGUCAUUGAUGUGAAUGACAAUGAACCGGAAAUCACUGUCUCGUCUCUCAUGAGUCCCGUAAAAGAGGGCGCUGAGAUUGGUACUGCUGUUGCCAUGGUGAUGAUUACUGAUAAAGAUGGAGGUAAAAAUGGCCAAACAAAAUGUAACAUUGUUGGAUCCGUGCCAUUCAUGUUGAAGUUUAACUAUAAAAAUUACUAUUCGUUGUUGGUUGAUGGGCGUCUUGAUAGAGAGGAAACCUCUGAGUAUCUUGUAACAAUCAGAGCUAAUGAUGAAGGAACUCCACCUCAGUCUACGACACACAUCAUCACAAUUCAAAUUGCUGAUGUCAAUGACAACCCACCUCAAUUUGCAGAGCCUGUUAUUAAUAUGUAUGUGAAGGAGAAUAGUCCAGUUGGAACGACUAUCUACACUUUGACGACUACAGAUGCUGACUCAAUUGAAAAUGGAAAAGCAGUUUAUCACUUGAUUGGCAGUUCUUUUAAAACAACACAAACAGCUUCGAUGAUUAACAUCAACUCAGAUAGUGGAGCUAUAGUCAGUUUGCAGUCUUUUGAUUUUGAGAAGUUAAAGACAUUUCAAUUUAAAGUUCAGGCCACAGACACUGGUGUUCCUCCACUCAGUAGCAAUGUUACCAUCAAUGUUUUUAUCCUGGAUGAGAAUGAUAAUAGUCCCACCAUUUUGGCUCCUUAUUCUGAGCUUGGCUCUGUGAACAGUGAGAGCAUCCCGUAUUCUGCUGAAGCGGGAUACUUUGUGGCAAAGAUCAGGGCAGUAGAUGCAGACUCUGGAUAUAAUGCACUGCUCUCCUAUCACCUGUCCGAGCCCAAAGGCAACAACAACCUCUUCCGAAUUGGAACUAGCACCGGGGAGAUUCGGACUAAAAGGAGAAUGAGUGACAAUGACCUGAAAAGUCACCCCUUAGUGGUGCUGGUGUGUGAUAAUGGAGAGGCCUCCCUCUCAGCUACUGUGUCUAUUGAUGUGAUGGUGCUUGAAAGUACAGUUGACACCAACACCCAGUUCAGACAUGUGCCCAUAAAGGAGGAAAGCUUCUCGGAUUUACACUUGUAUUUGCUCAUCUCCAUUGUGGCCGUCUCGCUCAUCUUUCUUCUCAGCCUCAUCACUUUAAUAGCCUUCAAAUGUCACAGACAGACAGAUGAAACUUUCGACAGAUACGGGGCCCCAAUGAUCACUACCCACCCUGAUGGGAGCUGGUCUUACUCCAAAGCUACUCAGCAGUAUGACGUGUGUUUCAGUUCAGACACACUCAAAAGUGAUAUGGUGGUUUUCCCCACACCCUUUCCACCUGUAGAAGCAGAACUGAUCAGUAUUAAUGGAGCAGACACUUUUACCAGGACUCAGACUUUACCUAAUACGGAGAAGGUAAGCGGAACAAUUUAUAACUCAUAUCUCAAAAUCCAUCAUUUUUCAGGAAACUAA